AUGCAAAAACUAUUCUUUUUCUGGUUACUUCUGGGUGCUUUCGUUGAGGCGAAAAGGGGCACACGCAUCAACAUUUUCUCGCAGAAAAAUGGUGACGGUGACAUUACACAAUUGCACGCGGCGGCUCAUGAAAAGAAUGGGAAUCGUGUGAUGAUGAAUGCUUUGCCGAGAAGUUCCCCGGAUCGUUGGGUGUAUCAAAAGGGAAAUGAUGGCUCUUUCGUCAUUCCGUAUAAGAUUACCGGACAAUUUGAUCUCGAAGAGAACUCGAUAAUCAUGGAUGCGAUGCGGAGAAUUACCGCCAACACUUGUAUUCGCUUCCAGAAAUGGAAUGGAGAGAGUGAUUACGUUGAGGUGCAGAAUAGGCAAAAUGAGGGCUGUUAUACUAUUGUCGGCCGGCAGCCCGGUCGAAAUGUGGUGAUGCUUGAGGCGAACGAUCGAGCGACGUGUGUGGAACCGGAUAUUGUGAUUCACGAGCUUUUCCACACAAUCGGCCUCUGGCACGAGCACAUGCGAAACGAUCGGGAUCAGUACAUCCGCGUCAACUUCGACAAUAUCCCAUCUUAUUAUCAAUCUCAAUUCGAGAAAGUGACCCCCGAUGAGGCGACAACAUACGAUAUACCAUAUGAUUAUCGUUCGGUGAUGCACUACGCUGAGGAUGCGUUCGCGAAACCCGGCCGAAUCAGCAUGCAAACAGUGAACCCAAGCUAUCAGAGAAUUAUUGGAAAAGCCGUCGACGCAGCGCAAAGCGACUAUGCAAAAGUGUGCAUAAUGUAUGGCUGUAAUAUGUGUAUGGGAAAAACCUACGAUCAACAAUCUUUAGUGAACUCACUAAAGCAAAACCCGAACAACGGAGUGAAUCCGAAUGAGCCGAUCAACCCGCCGGCUCCAUCACUUCCACCAAAUAUUGUGCCUCAAAUUCUUGUUGCUGGCAAUGAGAAUGAAACGAAGAAUGGAAAUGGAUCGGAAUCCUCCUCCUGUUACGAUCUAUUCUCUCCAAUUUGCGGAAUGAUUUCCGAAGGGAAUUUCCUUUUCUCAUGCUCGUCCGGGUUCACGGCAAGGAUCUGUUGUCGAACGUGUCAGCAACAAAAAGAAAAAGAGAAUAUUCAACCAUCACCCACUCAAUCGUCUGGUUUCUUUGGAUUAUUUGGACGAAAA